AUGCUGGCGGAGACAGUCAGAGCCGACCCCGGCUCGAUUGCCCACGUCCUCGACGCGACGAUGAAGCGAUGGCCUCCCCAGCAGGAGGUCGCCCAGGCCCUCGACGUCUUUUCCGGCUACCUUUCCCGCUAUCGCAAGCAGCACGGAGGAGCUGAUGCCACCUGGAAAGACAUGAGGGACAAGGGGUACAAGGUUAUAAUGACAAUCCUGGGAGACCUGCCUCCCGAGUUCCAGGCUCUUCCUCAGAGAGUCCUCGGUAAACUGGCUCGCAACUUCACGCCGGAACAAGCCCUGCACUCCUGGGAGGCUCUCAAGAAUGCUGGCGUGCGGACGCACCCCAACACUACGCUACACUUUGCCAGCAGCCUCGCUCGACGCGGAGGUGGCGAGACCAGCGCCAAGGCGUUUUAUAUCCUCAAGGGGCUCGCAUUGAAGAACAUCAAAUUUGACCAGCCUCGGUACGCCAGUGUCAUCACCGCUCUGCUCACCAAUUCCAUGAGCAAGUUUCAAACUCCUCGAGACGCGUCUACGCCAGGCGACGAGUUCCUGCCUUCAAAAGCGGUCGAGUUCUUUGUACAAAGGGGCUACAAACCGAAUGUCAUCACCCUGACGGCAUUCUUCCAGAACCUCAUGAGCAGGCACGAAUACGACGAGGUCCUGGAGGUCGCCAAGGUGUUUUCGCGUAUUGGCGUCCGUUUCGACCGCGUCGCUCUGGGCGUUUUGCGUUUCGCCGCGCUCAAAACCAAGCACAGGGUGGAGAAUGUACAGCACAUACUGGAGCUCGCCCGGCAGCACACCAAGGAUGACUUGUUCGUCACGCAGCAAACAUUGAAUGCGCUCUACUUCCUAGGGGAGGCCGAGGCCCGUGACGGCCACGCUGAGCACAAUGCGUGGUCACCGAUGAUAUUCGAUCUCAUGCUCGACGUGUACGGCAAGACGUUUGCCAUGCAGGAACUUCGUCGCUUCAUACCCGACGACAGUCUGCAGCAGAGACUGCGCGAUGCGGCCGAGAGGCAACGGCAGGGUCUACAACAGGGCCACCCUGGCCAUGCUCUGAAGGGAAUGGUAGAGACCCUGUUUGGGUCGAAAUCCAGAGCAGAAGACCAAUACUCCCCACUCGACGUUGGGAGUCUGAGCUUCAUGCUGAGGGGCUAUCUUAAGUCCUUGCGCAAAGGCUCGGAGAUCGCGCCAUUCUACUACCACUUCAAAGGCUGUCUUCAUGACCCCAGCAGCCUCGCCUUCAAAAUGAUCGCAGAGCACGGCCCACUCGUACACAAUGCUUUCCUUCAGGUCAUGCUGGCCCACGACGUCUUGCUGCGGCCGGCGCUUCAGGUGCUUGCCGACAUGCUCAAGACGCCAAAGGCGCUCCCCAACGCGCACACGUACGCCAUCCUCCUCGACGGAUUGCACAGACUAGGGCGCGUGGACAUUGCCGACAAGGUCAAGGCGGUGAUGACGGAGGCGGGUGUCAAGCCCAACGCAGCCGUCUUCAACCUGCUGAUCAAGCGCUAUGCCACCAGCAAGGAGGACUCCAAGGCCAUCGCCGCUCUCCGUGAGCUGGGAGAGGCUGGCCUGGUGCCCGACGCGCACACAGCCAAGGCCAUUACGCGUCUCGGCGGUGAUGUACAUGUGAACCGGGCGGCGGACUUGGUGGAGCGGAUUCGCCAGCAGAACGAUGUCGCCGACGCGGAGCUAGCGCAGGGUCGGGAUGAAGCAGAGAAGCUCGUCGAGACGAGAGAGAUUUCGAAGCCGACUUUUGUAUAG